UAAAUACGACCGUCUUACUGAUCAGUACACAUUUAAUACAAAUUCUCAUUGCACGUAUUAUUUGAAUUUGUUUUAAAAUUGAAUCAUUUAAAUUGAAAGCUUAAGUAACUAAAAAUAGUAGCAAAAAAAUAUAUCCAGGGAUUUAAUGCAUUCAGAAGUAUAAAAGUUAAAAAAACCCGAUUCAUCGUUUUUUAUAUUUUUUUUAAAUUUGAUAAUGAAUGCAAAACUAAUUCUCAUCCCAAUUUUCCUAAUUGGGUUAUGUAUGGUUCAAAGUGAUGAAGAAUUCCCAAAUAGGAUUGACACUGGUUCGGGUAAUUAUAAUAAACCAAAUCCCAAGUAUCCUGGUUCAACAGUUACAACAAAACCAGAAACACUUCCCCGUCCACGUAACAUAAACUUAGAAUAUGGUGACAUUCGGUAUAAUUAUAAGGCAAGCACAUGCGGCUAUAGAAAUAAAAAUGGAGUUUUAUCCAAUAUCAAAAAUGUCUCUAAUAAGGAAGCAGAAUUUGGUGAAUUCCCAUGGAUGGUUAGAAUUAUUAAAAAAGGCAAAGUUGUAAACUCUUUCAAAUGCGGAGGUUCUUUGAUAGCUCCAAGAGUCGUUUUAACUGGAGCUCACUGUGUAAAAUCCUUACAAGCCCUGAAUUAUCUGGUCAGAGCUGGUGAAUGGGAAUCUAAUUCAGAUGACGAACCAUUUCCACAUCAGGAGAGACAAGUCGUAGAAAUAAUUAUGCAUGAAAAUUUUGAUGAUGGUGACUUUUUGGAGAACAAUAUUGCUCUACUUUUCCUCGAGACAGAAUUCGAUGCGGCUCCUCACAUCAAAACAGUUUGUUUGCCACCAGCCAACACAAAUUUCGACAUGUCACGUUGUAUUGCUUCUGGCUGGGGAAGGGACAAAUUCGGAUCAAAAAUACAUAGAAAAAUUAUGAAGAAGAUUGAUUUGAGAGUAGUUCCAAAGGGUAAAUGUCAAAACGCCCUUAGAAAAACUCGUUUAGGAGAAUACUUUGAAUUGCAUUCCAGUUUUAUUUGUGCUGGUGGAGAAAUUGGAAAAGAUACUUGCACAGGAGACGGUGGUUCACCAUUAGUUUGUCCAAUGGCCAACAAUCCCGAUCGUUACUACCAAGUUGGAAUUGUUUCUUGGGGUAUUGGAUGUGGUGAUAAAAAUGUGCCUGGUAUUUAUGCAAGCGUUCCACAUCUCCGUUCUUGGAUUGAUAAACAAUUGGCUGACAAAGAUAUCGAUACAAAAUUUUUCACGCCAUAAAUGUUGACAUAAUUAUAUAAAAAGUGGACAAUCAGUGCUAAAAACAAACAACUAAAACUAGAGCAACAUCGUUUGGUAGCUAAAUUCUAGUAAAUAGACUUUUUUAUUAAUCCUUGAAUAGAUUCAGAAAAUAAAUACAUACCAUUAAAUCGUUAUAAAAAAAAAUAAAAUUAUAAAUAUAUCAAAUUAUAUUGAAAUAAAUUACCACACUUUAAAGUAGGAUAACCUCAAAAAU